UCCGUCCGCGAGCGGUUGUUGCCUUACAUUAUUAUUAUUUUACUUUAGUUUGAUUAUAAAGUUGAAAUAGCUAAUUUAAUCUUAGGUUUUAAGUAUUUUACCUUCAUCUGUUGCAAAUAUUGUGUAUUGAUUUGUAGAAAGUUGUUUAUUUGUUCAGUGAAAAAUUAAAGAGCUAUUUAAAUUAUUCAUUCUUUGUCUGAUAGUUUACAGUCGAUAACAAUAGAAAGUGAGGAAGAAUUAAGCAAAAAUAAAGUAUUAAAUGGCAUGCUAAUUGACGACGCUGUUUGGAAUUACACAUCAGAACGGCUCAAAGGUGACGAAGGCUCAACAUGACGGUGGAGAAGAGCAAAGGUGCUCAGACAAAGAUGAUCCCGCCCGCGACGCGGAAGGUCGCCCCCGACGGCGGCUGGGCGUGGAUGGUUUGCUUAGGUGUCAGCUUAGUUAAUUUUUCAACGCGUUCACUGGAGCCGUCAUUCGGUCUCCUGUUUAAAGAUCUGCUGGACGAGCUAGGCGUCCGGACGACGGGCGCGUCCGUCAUUGCGAGCACGCUCGACUCUGUCGUCAACUUUUCCGGAUUCCUCGUGGGGCCUGUCAUAAAGACCUUCUCCUACAGAAAAGUCUGCCUUGUCGGCUCGACAAUAUGCGCCCUGGGUCUAUUGUUCACCGCCCCGGCGAACAGCAUGGCCCAUAUCUUAGCCACGUACAGCAUUCUAGGGGGAUUCGGCGUAGGGCUUGCGUCAUCGUCGUCCUUCGUGUCACUGAAUCACUACUUCACCAAGAAACGAGGCCAGGCCGUCGGCCUCUCCAUGGCCGGCACCGGCUUCGGCCUCAUGGUGAUGCCGCAACUAGUCAAGAUAUUGCUGGAAGAGUACGGGUUCCGGUGGACGGUGGUGAUCCUCGGCGGCCUCGCCUUCCACGCCGUGCUGGGCUCCUGCCUUCUGCAGCCAGUCAAACGGCAUCUCAAGAAGGAACCGGUUGACUGCGAAAUGCAGACUGUUAAGGAGAUGGAGUGUAUAUUGGAGAGCGACGAGGAGGAGGUGGACAAGUUCGAGAUCAACCCGCUGGUGACGCACCCGAUGCCGAAGCUGACGCCGCAGCGCUCGCUCGGCAACACGAACGCCAACCACCCCUCCGUGCGCACCGUGGGCAUGCCGCGCGCCGCCACGGCCGACAAGCCGCUGCAGGACUUCGACAAGAAGAACAAACUAGGCUCGAGCUUGAACACAUCGGUGUCGGUGGCGGCCAUGCCGCGCGUGACGUCGGCGGCCAACGUGAGCGAGGUGCGGCGCCGCAAGGUGUCCGUCAUCUCCAACAUCUCCAACAUGGACUUCACCGGCAGCUACCUGCAGCUCUAUCUCGAUACAGCUGACGAAGAUGCCUUACAAAUGAAAACUUUUAAGAAAUUUGAGCCUGAAGAGGAGAAAAAGAAAGGCUGCUUAAGAAAGUUCAUAGAUUUAAUGGACUUAGAUUUACUGAAAGACUGGUCGUUUUUGAACCUUUUACUGGGGCUCUCGCUGUUUUGGAGCGGGGAGCUGCAAUUUAGAAUGUUGACGCCUUUCUUUAUCAGAGAUUUGGGCUACAACAUGGAGGAUACUGCGUUUUGCCUGUCUAUGACCGCCAUCACAGAUAUUUUGGUGCGAUUAAUAUUGCCCCCUAUUUUUGACAGAACGACUAUAUCCAAGAAAAUGAUAUUUUUCGUAUCGGCUUUCUUUUUGGCGGCUACGAGAUCAGUGCUCGCGGAGCAGAGGGAAUGGGUGCCGCUGAUGAUCUGGCUGUCCAUCUGCGGGUUCUUCCGCGGCAUGUGCCUCAGCAACUUCACGCUCACCAUCUCCGAGUACUGCCCGCUCGAGAAGCUGCCCGCCGCCUUCGGCCUGCACAUGGUCGGCAAGGGCGUCUUCGUCGUCAUCAUUGGACCUAUUAUUGGUUUCGUCCGCGACUACUCGGGCAGUUUCUCGCUGUGCAUCCACGUGCAGAACGCGCUGAUCAUGUCGUGCGUGGUGGUGUGGGGCGUGGAGUACGCGCUGGUCUUCACGCGCCGCCGCAACGUCGUGCAGAUCUAGCGUAGCGCGUGUACCGUGCGUCCCCCUCUACCGUCUGCCGUCUGCUCCCUCACCCCCGAGGGCAUGACUCGCACGCACCGAGCGUGCGCGGUGUGCCACGGCACCGAGUACCGCGUACCGUGCACCGUGCACGCUGACGCCGACCGCCAUACAUUGGUCAAAAGUUGUUUCGUGGCCGAGGCGUCGUAGUUUAUGGGUGAAUUUUAUUGUAAAAAAUAAUUAAGGACCGUAAUUAGUCUUAUGUGAAUUGAUCACAUUGAUAUACGAAAAUUAAGCAGUUUUUAUUUGUUACAUGCGUGUAAGUGUGUUCGCGUAUGCCGUAAAUUUACAUGUGUAUAAAAUAAGUACAAUAAAAUACAAUACAGUACAAUUUAUAGGGUUAAUUUUUUUAACACAAUGGAAUCAAUUAACGUUAGACUAAUAACAAUCCUUAACUGCUUACAUUUUUUAUUAAUUUUCCCUUAUGCGGUCGUUAUGACUAUUAUACUGUACUUAUACAUAAAUGUCUGGGCGACGUGGACAUAUUUUUAAUCUAAUUUAAGCGAAUGAAGUUUCCUUUUAGCCGAUCAUGACUUUUCCAAUAUUUUGAUAUUAUUUUCCUGCCUAGUUUAAAGACGUUCAACCGCGACAACAGUAUGUUUCGGUCGAUACCAAUUAAUCGGUAUAAUCUAUGAUAAUAUAUUUAUGUUUUGACCAUUUCUUAAUUAUAUCAAAUUGUGCUACUCGUAGCUUCUCUAGCAGAAUGACAAAGCGAUUUACUGUUUUAGCGUUAAGAUUUUUUGUUAUGCCGAUACUUUGUAAUUUAGUUUUUAAGUGUUGUUUACGGUGCUAGAUUUCAGACAAAUACUGUAAUAAGUAAAUACUUAGUAUUUGUUGGGGACCAUACAGUCGUAUAUAGGUACCGGAACGAGGAUAGACUUGCCAAAAGAAUCAUUUUACCAUAAAUUUAGAUUAUUAUUAAAUAAAUUAGAUCUUAUUGGCCCUAGAAAUACUAAACCACGUUUAUCAUUGUAUGGUAUCAGUUCGGUGUAAAUUAUAGUUUGGGUCUUGUUUAGAAUGUGAUCAAGCUUUUAACUUUAAACGGGUCUGUAUGGAUAUGGUUGUUUUAAUAGAUCAGUGUUAUUUUUUAAUAGAAAUAACACAUACCCUAAAACGGUACCCAGCUAAAACAGAAACAAUACAAUAAAACCAUAGUGCCUAGUGGUUAUUUAGCACUUCUCGGAUCACCAAAAACUUAAUAAUAAUUGUUUGGCGAACAUAAGAACUCAAAUUCACCAUGACAGCCUAUUUUUAUUUCGAUUAUGAUCGCUGCACGCAGUACUGUAACUGUAAUUAUAUUGACUUGAUUUGUAUGUGUCUGAAAACUUGUUCCUUCCUUAUUAUUCUAUUACUUUCCAGUUUCCAGUAAAUAGAAGAUGUCUUAUUUUAAAACUGACGCGUGAUCGUGUGAAGAAUGUAACAUAAUAGAAUUCGGAACUUGACAUAUUUUUAUAUGUGACUUUUUCAUGUAGCAUACAGUUUCGGUUAUCACUUUGUCAGUAAGGUCAGUUCCAAUAUUUAUAUAAAUAUUUUAGCAAAAAAUUACUUGUGAAGUGGUUCUAACUUAUGUUACAUUUUUAUGACUGUUUGGUCGGUCGAUCAAGCUUUUCUAAAGCUCCAUUUAGACGGAUCAACAACUUGCAUGUGAUUAUCGUCACAUUGCGGUAUUUGAUCGAUCGACUGAAUUCAUUGUACGCUGCAGGAAGCAGUGUAUCGAAUAUUGCAUGCAUGUCUAAAUGGGGCUUUAGCUUCGAAGCCGAUUUCUAUCAGAGUCCAGUUAUAACUUAUAAUACAGAUAGACAUAGAUCUCUUUGACAUGCAUUAAUGGUCACAAAUUUAUUGACAAAUCCAGUGAACUUAUCAUGACAUUCAUGAACAAGGAACAGAACUUUGGUACGGAGGACAUAAUUUUUAUAGUUUAACAUAGAAAGAUUUAAAUUCGCGUUUUAAGAUUUACGUUAUUACUUUACAGAUAACGAUGACUCUUAAUUUGGGAUAAGCACAUAAAAAUUAAAUUUAAAAUGUGUUUAAAUGAAGACUUAAGACCUCUCUUUGUUCCAUUAUUGUAUACAUGUACGACAAUUAUGUAACUCGCACCAAACUUUCGCUCCGUUUUCAUAACACGAUAUCAUCCAUACAGUGUUGGGCAUAAAGUAAUUUAAUUACUAAUUAACAAUUGCAAUUACAAUUAGUAAUGUUUUUUUUUUAAAUUACAUGUAAAAAGUAAUUACGCAUUUAAUUAACAAUUGCAAUUGCAAAAUGUAAUGGUUAAUUAAAUUUUUAAUUACAUUUUGAAAUUAAAUUUUGUAAUUAAUUACUUUACCCAAUUACGAUUACUUUUAUUGAACUGUGUACAAUUGCAAACAAUUUAAUUACAUGGAAUUAAAUUAGUAAUUAAAUUACACAAAUAAUUAAUUACGUCCAACACUGAUAAGCAACACAUUGUAAGUAAUGUUGUAAGCUUAUAACUGAUAUCGGAGCCAAUUUCUUACAUUAGGUAGUAUUAAUAAACUUCGUUGUGUAACUAUUACUCUAUUACACUGUAGGGAGUGAAGGGCUAGCAAACAUACCGUCAUGUUGUUACUAUGUUGACAGCGUCAUUCACACUAAAUACGUAAAUAAUGUUUCACAACAUGAUCUUGUGCUAGCCAUUCAUGCGUGACUACAUGAAUUUAAACCUCUUUAGAUAUUUUUGUAAUAAUCAUAUUUUUAGAUGGCUGUUUGUACUUUUGAAGGAUUUUUUUAGGUGUGUAAAGUCAGAAAAUAUGUACUUCAUUGAAUAGUGAGACUUGAUAUCAAAGACGCUAUUAAAUUAUUAGCAGUAGCGCAUUUAUUGUAUCGUAUUAUGGAACCUGAAUUUAUUAUAUUGAAGCAGAUUAUACACUAAUAUACUUCUAUACUGACUGAGAGCAGUGAAAUUUACUCUCACCUAUUAAAAUAUAAUUUAGUCUGACAUAAAAAUGUACUUAGUAAACUUAAAUAAAACAAAGGUAUUUAGGGAGUUGCAAGUUGUUGGGUCAGGCCGUCGUCUUAGCCAUAUAUGACCACACAUAAAUAAUUAAGCUUAGAGUGCUCACUCAUAGAUAAAAAUCCAUUUAAAAUAUUUUUUAAGCGAGCUUUGCGAAAACUUAUUUGAGAUAAGAAAAAUGCGGACAAAAAGGUGGUAGGUGUUUAACAAUCAAUGGUGGUUUAGUUGGUGUCAAAUGACUUACGUUCCUUUUUAUAACUAUUUAAUGAAAGAUGUCUUUACAUGGGAUUAAUGACUUUUCUUGACUUCAUACGGAUAGAAAAUGGGGCGAAAAGGAUCACAGAUAAAACGUAGCAAUAACGACGGUCUAACUGUUGUAUGUACAGCGUUAAAUCCAUUGCUGUAUUAUGUUUAAGUAUAUAAUGUUUUGUUAACUUUUACUCAUGUAAUAGAGAUAAUUGAGCUUGUCUUCCAAAUUUCCUUAAACACUGUCUGUGUUUAUACUUUUAAUUUAAGCGUUUACUGUGUAAUAUAUAUCGUGAAUAUACAGUUCUUACUCCAAAGGCUUAAUGCGUUCGUAAAAAUGAAUUUAAUAAAUCAUUUUUCUAUAUACAAGAACCUGACAAAUCGGUCUCGGACGAAUCAAUUCGAAUAAAGUACUUAUGUACCUGUGUAUUUCAUAAAUAUCGUAAAUACCGGCUAUAUUUUGCAACACGGUGUAAUUCUAAUAGAAAUAAGUACUUAUUAAAGCAAAUUAUACUAAGAAGUGCCAUUAUGUAAUUUAAACGUACAUCUUUCUAUUGAAAAUAUAUAUGUGCCAAAUUGAAUGGGACGCUUUUACAUGAUCGUGUUUCAUGUUGUGUAUGUGUGCGUUACUCUAUAAUUGGGCAUUUCUUGAUUACUUAUCCACUGAUAUUGGUAUGUGUGGAACCUAGCUACAUAUCUUACCAUGAUCAAUGCUGAUAGAUUGAUUAGGGGAAUCGGUAGACAUCGCUAGGAAGAUGAUGAUCAAUAAAAAAAAAACACAAUAUACCAAAUCUCUUCACUGGCGAUAGCGUUUAGAACACAUGUACAUCAAAAUAAAACAUGUAAGUGGAUUUUGAUUUUUUUUAUGAAAAUCCAAAUUGUUUGAUUGUUUUCGAGCUAACCACCCAAGCCCUCCAACCAAGCCAUGACAUAUAGUUUUGGAAGAAGUAAUAAAAUAACGUUUUAUCGGACCCGCAACUCCGGAACGGUAUUCGAGGACGAAACAGGGAUUAACGCUAAGAGAAAUAUUGCAAUUGCCACCUUUGAAGGGAGGUGAUUUUACCUAGGGUCCGUUGCGUUGUGCCGGAUCAUUUCUACAGUUUGGUCACACUCCUAUCGUCGGUGACCUUUCAUUCGGUUCCAUUCAUUACAUGUACCGUUCUGGAUAUGUCGCAUUCGGCGCUACGUUACGUGUAAUGUAACCUUUAAGCCGGUUCCUGACGGGUGUAAUAUCGUGUAAUGUAACAGGAAUUCUGCGUGUGGACGGCUCUACGAGCAUUACAUUAUAAUGCUCGUGCCGGAUCCAUCGGCUGUCGGUUUUUAGCGCGAACAAAAGGCGCUCGCAGUGUUACAUGUUUACAUUAGUUACAUUACACGUUACACCCAUCUGGACAUCGUAAAAUUGUGUUGACUAUGAAUGUUUGUUUAAUCGUUAUUUGAACAAUAACCUUUGUUAUGUGAUGUGAUGGUUUUUAACAAUGACGUUAAAAAAAUUAUAUUAUUUAAACGAUGAUUUGCUCUCCGAAGGAAAGGGGCAAUAAGCAAAGAACACACCUACUCUUAAUGCGUUAUUUUUCCUUUGAGCGGCAAUUCAUUUUAUGUUGUAUGACUUGUAUGUUGUUAGUUAAUUUUUAUUUUAGUUUUCAUCUGUAACAUGAAAAUUUAUAGCAAAUAUUAUAUUAUAGGAAAAAAACAUACAAAAAGACAACGGAAUAAAAUUAUAUCAGGUUA